AUGCAUAGCAAGCAUUAUAUUUUACAGCAAGAGUCCCCAAUCUCAAGAAUUCGGCGACGCACAACAUCGCGGUCACAAGUCGUCCCAACUCCAGUGGUUAUCCAUUCCACGAUAAAUUCGACGUGGGGAGAUGGAACCAAUUUCCACCCUAGACCAACGCAGUUUGUGCCCCCACUAGGAAGGUUUCAUCGAUCAUUCAAUGCUGACUCAGAUUCUACACCAUUUCAACUGCUUCGAAUGUUUAUCGACGACGACAUGGUGGAUACAAUUUGUCUCGAAUCGAACGAUUAUACGCCCGUCAUCAAAGCCAAAUUCCCAAAAGCAUUGAAGAGGUGGACACCACUAAGCCGUCAGGAGUUUUGGAAAUUCAUGGGUCUAUCAACACUGAUGGGAAUUGUGAAAAAAGGAGAUGUGAAGGAUUAUUGGAGCACGGAUGAACUAAUAUCAACCCCAAUUUUUGGUAAAACCAUGAGCAGAGAUCGUUUCACAGAUAUAAUGAGGGCACUUCACUUCCAAAACGAUGGAAAUAUACCCACGGGAAAUAUUGAUCGAUUUAUCAAGCUCGGCUCGUUCUUCCCAUCGUUGAUGUCGAAGUUCAAAAAUUUUGUGAUUCCGGGGGAAUAUCUCUACAUAGAUGAGAGUUUGAUGCCGUUCAAGGGACGACUGAGUUUCAAACAGUACGUACCCUCCAAGAGGGCAAGAUUCGGCGUCAAGUUCUACAUCUUGGUGGAUUGUGCAACAAAGGCAGUCCUAGCUCUGCUUCCAUAUCAGGGCAAAAAAACAAUAUUUGCUGCACCGAAGGAUAUCUUUGGAGUAGGUGAAAAGGCGAUGUGA